UGUUACUAGAACUCCAAGUUUUUCUACUCUUAUCUAUUUAUGUAGUUUUCUUAUUAUUUUUUUAUGAAUUGCUUAGCCAUGUCUGAGUAGUUUUCUUUGUUAGAUUUAGGGUUUAGAUAUUAACGAGGGAUUAGCACAAAAUAUAGAAUUGCUAGGUGUUAGGAUAUCAAUCAAUUAAACUGUUCUUAAUGCAUGUGUUCUAGAAUAGCUAACUAUGACCUUGCCUAUAGAUAUUAGGGUGCAAGCGGAAGCUUGGUUCUUUGUCAAAAUUAGUUUACAUUGUGCUAGGAUUGUUAGAAACAAGCGGAAGGUGAUUUAGUUUAACCUAGUGAACAAGUCAAACCCGUACAUAAAGCUUGCUAGAAGGAACGUUAAUCGACAACUCAGUAGUUGCAUCGAUCGACGGGCUGAAAGGUGUAUCGAUCGACAAUCUAUAAUCGACAGUUUAAUUAUAAUUCAUUUAAAAUAAGUAUAUUUACACCACUUAUGUUCUUAAUUUAAUACUAAUUUUCUAAUUUUUCAUAUUAUUAUUUAUAUUGAUAAAAACACUUUUGCUCCUGCAUAAAAGACCAUAAUACUAGUAAAUUAAUAAAUUAUAUAAUUCUAAUAUUAUUAAUUUAUAAAAAAAAUUAUUGUAUAAAGUUAUUCCAUUUUAGAAGAAAAAAAUAGAAUAUGACAUGAGAAAUUCUCUAGAUAGACCUUUAAAAUGUUUUUGUCACAAAUAUAAACCUUAAAAUUAAAAAUAACCGAAAUAAACUUAAAUAUUUUAUCAAAAAACUAAAUAUAUACUUAUACCCUUAAAGUUAAUUAAUCUAGACAUUAGAGUUUACAGUUAAGGAGUAUAAUUUAAGGUUUAGCGUUUAAGGUUUAGAGUUUAGGAUUUAGAAUUUAAGAAUGGAAUUUUGGGAAUAUAAUUUCAAAUUUUUAAAAUUAAAAAUAAAUUAAAAUUUUCAGAAUAAAAAAUGCUAUUUUGAUCAUUUAGUUCUAUUCUAUUCUAGUGAAUUGCCCAUACGUAGAUGCUCUCUUAAACCAAAAAAAAAAACCAAAAAAAAAAUCAAAAAGCGGAAUCUAAUUUAGGGUGCGACGACAAUCUGUCUGACAAAGAUCCGAAACUGUGAGCUCUGAAUCCGUUACCUUGAUCGUAAUCGAUUUCGAAAGAUCUUUGAGUAUGGGAAGCAGAGCUAAUCGCGUGGGAGAAAGAUGGAAUCUGAUGGGCUAUGAAGAAAAAUCGAGCGUAAUUCAGGAAGAGAUCAAAAGGGUUAGUAAACUUCCUUCAAACAGUGUUUAUGCAGUUCACCGUCUCAAGGUUCUCAACAAAAUCAACGAACUUUUAUCUGUCCAAAGAACCUUGUCGCAAGAGAAGGAGUUAGAGCUGCUCUUCACACAGCUCUCUCUGUAGGAGAAAAAAGCCAGAGUUGUUGUCUGAAUAACGGUUGAUCAAUUGGGUUUUACGAAUGUCAAUCUAAGCAACAAGUUAGUUCCUCAAUAUAUACCUUGGUGGAUAUGGGGUUUACUUGUAUGCAUUUAGUUUUACUUAAGACAUGUGUGUGUAUGUGUGUGGCACUUAGUGGUGUCUUUGUCUUUGACCAUUAAGAUCAGUUUCAGCUUUGCAGUCGAGUGUUUUUGUUUUUGUUUUUGUUUUUGUUUUUGCUUGGGUUUUUGAAAUUUGUUAAUAUUUUUAA